AUGUAUGACCUUGACUUUAGCAUCUAUGACCUCGACUAUUAUGACCGCCCACUUAAAAUCAAUCUGCCAAGGUUCUAUAAAGAGCUGUUGGACAAUCAAUGCAUCCACUCUAUCUACUUCCAGAUGUUACCGUGGUCGUUUUGGGCCGAGCAGAGCGAGUUCAUCAAUAUGCUGUUCGGUCGGAUAGUGAACGACAAGAUACUGGUGAUCUCUGAAGCGCCAUUGGUGUCAAUGAAGCAUGUCCCGCUCACAGUGAUGCGCAUCCUUCAAAUGAAUGAGACGCCUCAGGCUCACUACUUCCCGGACACUCUGACCGCUCUGGAGCUUAGGGCGUACCGCACUCUACAACCCAUUGGCAAUGGCGUGCUACCACCCUCGCUCAUGGAGCUUACAUUGGAGAGGCUCGAUUUGGGCUUGGACCUGGCUGCAGUGCUUCCUCGAUCACUCACCAAGCUGAACCUAUCGAUGUACCAUCGGCCUAUCAGACACAUUCCACCGAGCGUUAUAGAUCUGACACUUGGUCAUGAGUGUACUUCUGUUAUCGAAUGUGGACAGUAUCUGCAAAGUCUUGUCAUCACUAAAGCUGUGCGAACCUUCGAUUCAUCCAAUAUCGUUUUCCAAUGCCUCACCAAGUUGGUGCUCAUUGAUGCUCUCCCAGAGGUGAUAUCAUCGAUCACGUCUUCAACGUUUCCAGUACUCGCUGACCUCCAGGUCAGAUACCAUCUGAGGUCAUCUCAAACAAUGGCAUUGUCCGCCUCGGCCCUGCCAUCUUCGCUGACAAGGCUGUGCAUCCCUUGGUGCGAAUUGCUCUCCCCUCCACUCGACAGCAUCGACACAAUUGAGAUCACUGUCAGAGAUGCUACUCCAACCCUCAGUCUUGCAAUACUUCCAACGUCAAUCACAUCACUCCAUUUGAGACAGAAUUUUUCCAACUCAUUCAAAGUGUACAACCAACUCGAUGCGAUCCAAGUGGAGCACCUCCCUUACGCAUUGCACUCAUUGCAUCUGUCUCCAGGCAUAUACCAGGUCGAAUCAUGCUUCCAACGGGCAAAAGUCGAGUCGCUGCUGGCACGCCUGCCGAACACUGUCACCAACGUGACCUUCUGUAGCGGAAGCACCAAGAUCAUCAGGCUGACCAACACCAUACUUUUCAUGGUCCGACAGAAACAUGACUUCGAAGAUCACGAUUGCAACAGUCUACUCAUGACAGGAUACAUAAAAAUUGGCGAUCUUGAUGGUGUUCGCUACUGA